AAGAAUAAAAAUUUCUUAAGGGUUUGAUUGCUAUUUUAAUUGCCAAAAACUUAUAUCUUGAAGAAAAUUAAAUACGCCAAAUGGAAGUUGAUCUUUGCUUUGUUAUGGACUGCACCGGUUCUAUGGGGGGCCACAUUGAAGGUGCCAAGAAUUCUAUCAAAAAGGUGGUAGAAUACAUGGAAAAUAUGGAACCAGCAAUUAAGAUUCGGGUCGGUUUCUGUGGUUACCGUGACCACUGUGAUGGCUCUAAUCGCUUACAAAUUUUUGACUUCACUUAUUCUUGCGAUGAGUUCAAAAAUCGCUUAUCGGGUGUUUCGGCUUCAGGUGGUGGAGAUUCUCCGGAAGAUGUCCUAGGUGGACUUAACGCAGCCGUAACCAGUAUGACCUGGCGAAAUCCCACCCGCGUCCUUUUACACAUCGGUGACUAUCCACCACAUGGCCGUCGGUUCAAUAAUACGGAUGACGAUUAUCCGAACGGCGACCCAAAUGGUCUUACUGCAGAACAAGUGUUAAGGGAAAUGCAAUCAGCAGGUAUUUACUACUUUUUCGGGAAAAUCACGGAACAUACCGAAACGAUGACCAGAGUGUUCCAAAGCAUAAUUGGAGAGUAUCCGGUGUUUGAUCUCAAGAUCUCUCCAAACCCAGAGGGAUUAGUAGAGAAAUUUUUUGAUGCUGCUUGUUCAGCUAUCAAUACUGCUAUCACAUUGAGGGGGGAAUAAUUUUUUUGUUUUACCAAUAGCAACUUAAAUUGCAAAUUAAUGCUAAAUACCGUAUAAUAAUUAUUUAGUGUUUUUAUAUAAUUUAUUUCAUCACAAUUCUUAUUCUAAAUAAGGAUUCUGAACUAAUUACAAAAAUCAAAUUUCGAACUUAAACCUUUAAAAUAAGUAGAUUUGAAUAUCCUAUAAGUUUACUGCUGGAAAUAAAUACUGACAAUAAUCGUUUAAACAAUGAAAAAAGAAUAUCAAUAAUUUUUAUCGUAUAUUCGAAUAUUGCAUUUUACAAUAUUUAAAUCUAAAGUCUUACUCUAUGUAUAAUAGAAUUAGCAUGGUUACAGUACGAUUUCCGAGCCAUUUCCUGAAUAUACCAUUUCCUGAAGUUAAUUUUCCAAUUUCCGAUUGCUUAUUAUGGAAAUUGAAUCUUUUCUGAAACUUCCAUAAUACUAAUAUCCCGAUUUGCAUCUAUUUUUUUUUUUUCAAAUAAAUAACGAUUUAUA